AUGGCAGGUCGUGGACAUGCUGAAGCAGUCGUAAUGAAUCUAUUGAAUGGUCUUUCGGGAUGUUAUCGAACCGUGGUGGCUGACAACUUCUUUACUAGUAUUUCUCUAGCAAAACGUUUGUUGGAACAGGAUACGUAUCUUAUUGGAACAUUGAGAAGUAAUCGUACUGGAUCAGGAUAUGAAGUUGUUCAGAAAAAGCUCAAGCCUGCUAUUUCAAUAUCAAAUCGAAUAUAUCUAUUCUUUCAAACAACUAAAACAAAAUUGUUGAACUUAAAUUUAUUUCAAGAUCGUUCAACUAAUCAUGAAAAAAUUCGAAAACAAAUUUGGACAACUCGAUUAUAUUUAGUUAUCUUCAUUAUUAUAUUAUUUAUAUUAGUUUUAUAUACUUCAUUAAAUAAAAAAUCCAUAAAUAUUAAUGUACAAUUGUCAAGUUUAACUCAAUAUCAACAAUUAGAAAUAAAAUAUAAAUCUACUUUAACUUGUCCAUGUAAUAGAAUUUCAAUUGAAUAUAAAGAAUUUAUUGAACUUAAAGUAUCGUAUCAUGAAGUUUGUACAUCAGAUUUUAUUAGUCAACAAUGGUUUGAUUAUUUAUAUAAUAAGCAAAAAAUAAAUGAUAGAAAUUUUCUUGCAACAGCAUCAAUUCAAUUUCAAGUUCUUGCAUCUUUAUGUAAAUUAACACAAGAAACUAUUAAUAUUGGUUUAACACAAUUUUAUUCAACAAAAUUUAUUAGUGGUCAAUUAAAUUUAAAUGAAACAUUUCAAAAACAAAUUAAUUCAAUUCUUAAUAUAUUUCAAAGAUCAAUAUCACAAACUUUUAAAAGAACAUUAGAUAUGAUUCAUGAAGUUAUUCAUGGAAAUUUUUAUAUGACAAUUUUUCAAACAAAUUGGAAAUUUACUGUUUUAGAAAGAAAACGAUUUUCUCCAUUUUAUACAAAUCCUCUUACAUAUAAUAAUUCAUGUAAUUGUGGAACAUCAUCAAAAUGUUCUGAAAAAGUUAUACUUAAUAAUUCAAUCAUAGAUGGUUUAGUUAUUGGUUGUUAUCCAUUUGAAUCAAUGUUACAAUCAUCACUUCAAUGUUUAUAUAAUCAAACAUGUUUAGAAUUAAUUUUAUUAUAUUUUAAAGUACAAACUGAUAACAUUACAUUUAAUAUACUUUCAUCUAUAAAUCAAUAUGGUAUUGAUGAAAAAGUUGAACAUAUGGUUGAUCGAUUAUUCGUUGAUCAAUGGUAUAUUGAUUAUUCUUAUGAAAAAUAUUUUCAACAAUGUUAUCCAACAUUUUGUACUUAUUCUUAUAUACAAUAUUUUAAUAUAUUUUAUAUUAUAACAACUAUUCUAAGUUUAUAUAGUGGAUUGACUAUUACAUUAACACUUAUUAUUCCAUUUAUUAUUCAUAUUCUAUUUCGAUUAUUUUAUAGAAGAAAAACAUUUAUUACUCCAUUGUCUCAAACACUUAAUCAAAAUAUAGAUUGA